AUGCGCGCGGCAGCCUCUCGACGUCGGGGCUUGGUUGGCUUGGCUUGCCUCGUUUGCCUUCUGGCGGCGCCUUGCUUCCUGCUGGGUAAUCCAAUGACCCAAGCGGCCAAGGCAAAAGCCACCAGUGUCCGGUAUGAGAUGUUCGGGACUCAGAAGGCUGAGGAGCAGCACUCCCAGCAGUCCAAUGCGUUGCAGACGGCUCUUGCGCCCAUGCUCCUGGCUGUGCUGCUCUUCGGCGCAUCAUCCGCCCAGGCCUGGACGCACAAGGAAAGCAAGAAUUGGUCGGCGGAGUUUCCCAUGUGCAAGCAAACGUCUCAGUCACCCAUCGACCUGACAUCGGACACCACCAGCGGUUCAGGCAGCACCUUGGCACAGUACGUGAAGUAUGAUCCGAUCCCUGCACGGCAGAUCAAGAACAAUGGCCACGUGAUGCAGGUGGACGGCUCCUUUGGGGCUUUCAAGUUGCCGGACGGAGACUACCAGGUCAAGCAGUUCCAUUUCCACUUCCCUGCAGAACACACGGUAGAUGGCAAACUCUCUGCAGGCGAGAUGCACAUCGUGCAUCAGAAGGUCGGUUCCAGCGGCACCGACGACCUGGCCGUCAUCGGCGUCAUUCUGGAGGAGUCCAAGGCCCCGUCAAAGCAGUCAAGCUUCCUCCAAGCCCUCUUCAAGGACCUUCCGGAAGAGGGCAGCGCUUCGGACGUGGGCAACGUGGAUCUCAACGUCUUCGGGGACCAGUUCAAAGAGUUCUACCACUACGUGGGCUCGCUCACCACUCCUCCCUGCGCGGAAGGGGUGCAUUGGUAUGUAAGCAAGAACACGGCCAACGUCACCCCGGAGACGAUCAAGGCUUUCCACAACCGUUUCAAGGAGGACGACAACCGCCCCACGCAGGCCUUGAACGGCCGCAAGGUGGUGAACUCCGCGCUGUCCGUGGACAAGGAGUUUGCGGCCUGA